AUGGACAGAGCCUCACAUUUCCGUCGAGUCAUCCAAGCUGCGGCUCAGAUCUGCAGGCCCAGCUGUUCCGAAAACCUUGAUAGAAGCAGGCAACGACGAGGUACAGAACUCUUAGACGAUUAUUUUAUCGGUAAUAGUGCAUUCGCGGAUACGUACUUUAGACGUCGUUUUAGAAUGGAACAACAUUUGUUCAAUAGAGUCAUGAUUGCUAUUUGCAACCAUGAUUCUUACUUUGUGCAAAAGAAUUAUGCUUUUGAUGCUAUGAGUCUCAUUCCUAAGCAAAAAAUUACUACUACCUUGCAGAUGUUUGUAUAUGGAGCAUCUGCAGACCAAGUGGAUGAGAUAACGAGGAUGGGGGAAUCAACCAUUCUUAAGUCCCUGAUGAGAUUUUGCGAAGUAAUCGAAUCUAUCUACACUGCAGAGUACCUCCGGAAACCUACUGACAUGGACUUGCAAAUGUUUCUGAAGAAGGCUGAUAUGCGAGAUUUUCCUGGGAUGAUUGGAAGCAUUGAUUAUAUGCACUGGACGCGGAAAAACUAUCCAAGUGCAUGGCAAGGUACUUAUGGGCACAGAAAAAGAACAAAAGUAUCAUUUUGGAGGCGGUGA